UUCGUGUGACAAAUGUCGAAUAAUUCUGCCAAUGACGUUUCACACAAAAGCAAACUAGUUCUUCAAGUAGACAAAGCUGUAAAAUGUCCGGACUGCACAUCAAGGACGUCUAACGUCACGACGACGAAGCACGCAAGCAAACGGUCUGUACCAAAAAAACUUCAUGUUUCUGCCAAAAAAACCAAGAAAAGAAUUCCUCCAAAAUCUCCUGAAGCUGACAGCUCAUCAAAAUUACGACAAACGAUUCUAUCAGAACAUUUCAGAGUCACGAGAAGCAAGAGCCGAGCUGCCACUGCUAAGGAACAGCAAAUUGAAGCAAUUAAAGACAGAUUGAAGAGAAAAUGUGAAGAUGGAUUAAUGGUCAAAGACACGGAAGGCAAAGGUCGUGGUGUCUUUGCUUCAAGGAAGUUCAAGAGAGGCGACCUCAUUUGUGAAUAUUCGGGUGAAUUGCUCAGUAAACGGGAAGCCGACAAAAGAGAGAAAGAGUAUGAAGGGAGACCAGAAUGCGGUUGCUACAUGUAUUAUUUCAAGUUUAAAGGCAAAUCUCUCUGUGUUGAUGCUACCAAGGAUAAUGGUCGCAUGGGAAGACUGUUAAAUCACAGCAAAACAAGAUCCAACGUGAUCGCCAAGUUACUUGACAUUGAUAAUCAACCAUAUUUGGCUCUCUUGACUAAAAGAGAUAUUCCUGUAGGAGAGGAGUUAGUCUACGACUACGGAGAGAGAUGCGGCAAAGUGUUGCAAUCAUUUCCUUGGCUCACGAAGUAGCCUAUUUCACCAAUAUAACAAUAUAAAUUACUUAGACUUUUUGAUGAGAUUUCUUGUGUCCUAUAUGAUUUGAAGAUAUUGUUUGUAGGCUAAUAAGAAAACUUUAAUUAUUGAAAUGAACUAACGUAUAAUACAGAAAGUUGGUCUGUUUAUAGAAAAAGAU